UUGGUGGUCGGAUCGGGUCUGGUCGGUCGGUCGGUCGGUCGGUCGGUCGUUGCUUCGUAUCCCUGUUUACGUGGACGGUUCUGGUGCGUACGCCUCCGUCGUGUCGCGAGUAUAGUCGCGAGUAGCAACGUAUCCCGACCAGUGGACCGGAUUCCGAGAAAUGACCCGGUGAGGGAGCGGGAGAUGAAGACGCCUCGUGGCUAGUGUGGUGCGGUCGAGGAAGGAAGAGAAAGGGAGAGGAGGAGACAGAGACGGAGGAGAAAGAGAAAGAGAGAGAGGGGGAGAGAGAAAGAGAGAUAGAGAGAGGAGAGAGAAAGGGUGCAGGUGGUGGUGGUGGAGUGGUGGUGGACGGAGUUGGUCGGUGGCGAGCGAGCGAACCCCGAAUAAGUUGAGCGGUCCAGUGCCGUGUGAAAUGGACUAGAGAGUGGAUUGGUGGUCGGUUGUCGUCGAUCCGUGGUUGGAUUGGUGGCCAAGGGAGGAGGAGAUGUUGUGCGUUUCGGGAUCGGGAUCGUGUCGCGCGUCGAGACGGCUGGCGUCGCGUUGAUCGGACAGAGCCGGUUGUUUUGUUCGUUCUCUCCGUUCCCGUAUGCCUCUGCGUGCGUGUGCGUGGGUGCGUGCGUGUAUGCGUGCGUGCGCGCCGACCAAAGACAUCCUCGCGUGUGGAGCUUCGAAAUAAACCGAAAACGAAAAUCGCGAGCGAACCGCCUCCACGGAAGCAACCCCGUCGUCGCACGAGCCGCUACACUACGAAUAAUAAAAUCAAGGAAUUGAUACGAAUAAUAGUAACGAUACGAAGUAGUACAACGAAGAGAUAGCGCAAGAACUGCCAAAUCGUGUUAUACGAUAUACCACGACGUGCUCGUAGUAUAAAACUCUGGAAACUUACCUUCCCCUCCCCCCGAGUACCGAUUAGCCAUCACCGGAAGCUCGUGGCGCGUGAGAGGGGUGGCAAUAGGCGAACGUAAUCGCAGCCGAUGCUUCCCUCGAACGCGUUGGCCCUCGUCGUCGUCGUCGUCGUCGUCGUCGACCCAACCCCCUCGUCGUCGAUCGGACGAACGGCGAAGACGACGACCCGGGCGAGAGCGAGGAGCAAGAACAACGAGUUCCGGUUGACGCGGAAUCUCGUUGCGGGCCACUCACGUCCCCGAGGAUGGAACUGAGAGCCUUGGAUCCGAUCGGCACCGCGUUGGCACCGAUAUCUCGCGAGUUUACCAGUUUGCGAGCGACGAAGCGUUCGAGGGUGGUGAAGGAGGGUGGUGGCUCGAGCGAGGAGGCAUUUUCCAGGAGGGGGAAGUCGAAGGGGGGAGAGAGUCGGAGGGAGAGAGAGGAGGGUAGGAGAGGGUAUCUAGCGCGAGAGAGAAGAGAGAGAGAAGAAGAGGGACGUCCCCACAGAUGCGGGGCCCGGAGGGGCCAGUCCGCGGCGGCGUGACGCGAUGCGGACGUCCUCCUCCUCGUCCGCGAGGAAGAGGAAGAGGAAACAGGUCUUCUUCUCGGCCAUCCUCGACCCUGUCCAAACUCUGCCUCCCUCGUCGGACGAUAGCUUGGACCGUGCUCGCGACCUCGACCCUGUGUUCCGCCUGUGUUCCCCUCACCCCGGUGAAAGGUGGUGGUGGUGGUGGUGGUACUCUCGACUCUCGAGGGGCAAGGAAUUUGGCGGGAGCGACGAGGGGACGGUGUCGCGGGAUCCCUGCGACGACGAAGGCGAGGACGGUGGCGGGAACUGGAGGAAGAAUGGGGGACGCGAUUGGAGGGAAGGAGCGGCGGUGCAGGCGCGUUGCGAGAGCAGGGGAGACGGGUCGAAAAAGUGUUUGGCGACGAUGGUGGUGUUGCUCGGUCUGUUGUGCGGACAGUGGUGCGGCGGUGGGGCGGAGGCCCUCGCCGGUAGCCAGAAGUACAGCACGAGAACGGUGAGGACCAGAUACGGGACGUUGCGCGGCGUCGAGGACAGAUCGUCCACCUCCGUGGAAACUUAUUACGGCGUCCCGUACGCCACACCCCCGAUCGGGGCGUUGCGAUACAUGCCACCGGUCACGCCGACCCCGUGGCGGGGCACCAAGCUGGCGGACACCGUGCCGCCCGCGUGCCCCCAGAAGCCGCCUGAACCGGACUCGAGUCUGCCGCGCUCCAAACGCGCCUACCUCGAGAGGCUAGCGCCCAUGCUUGCCAACCAGAGCGAAGACUGCCUAUACUUGAACCUCUACGUGCCCAAAACUCCUCACGGUAGUACCCCAGACUUAUUGCCAACCCUUCUUCUAAUACACGGUGAUUCCUAUUCGUGGGGCGCUGGAAAUUCCUUCGACGGCACUGCGUUGGCUGCUUACGGUCGUCUUAUCGUCGUUUCUAUUAAUUUUCGUCUCGGCGUACUCGGCUUUCUUAAAACAGGCCCGAAGGGAAGCGCGCAAGGAAAUUACGGGUUGAUGGAUCUAGUGGCAGGGCUUCACUGGUUACACGAGAAUCUUGGCGCUUUUGGCGGUGACCCCGACCGGCUGACGCUCUUUGGCUACGGCACAGGAGCGGCGCUUGCCAAUUUUUUAGCCGUCUCGCCCAUGGUGAAAGAGUUGGUCGAGAGAGUGGUAUUACUGGGCGGUUCCGCCCUGUCACCCUGGGCCAUACAGCGUGAUCCGUUAACGGUGAAACAUCGCGUCGCCCAACAGACGGGAUGCCCUGGUAACGUCGAGGCUGACGAUAUCGCGCCGUGCCUUCGUUUGCGAACAUUGGAGGAGCUUCUCGCCGUGCAUUUGGACCCGCCGAGAUUCACCUCUGGAUUUGCUCCUUUCGUCGAUGGGGCGGUCAUGCCUCCGCCGAUCAAUCAGAAUUUCCAGCCAACCGCCUCCUCGUCGGGUCUGAUGCCCCUCGUUCCCGGCCCGGGAACCGAGUUCGCUAAUUUCGGCGAUCGAGACCUGAUGCUCGGAUUGACGUCAGAGGAGGCAUGGGUCAACCUCACCGACGAGGAUCUACAGAACGGUCUGAACGAGACGAGGAGGGAUCGGAUCUUGCGCACGUACGUGCGGAACACGUAUCGCUACCACCUUCACGAGAUCUACUCGACCCUCCGUAACGAGUACACGGACUGGGAGAGGGGCGAGCAGAGCCCGUUGGCGAUCUGCGACGGACUUUUGUCGUUGCUCGGCGACGGCCAGGUCGCGGCACCCCUUCUGAGGUUGGCGCUGCUGCACUCGGCCUCGGGUGGACGCGGCUACUUCCUCCACUUCCAGCUGGGCGAGAGGCCGAGCCAGAGGGGCGAGGAGGUGCCCUACCUCCUCGGCAUACCUCUACUCCGGGGAGAGAUCGCGUCCAUUUUGAUCGGCCAGGCCAACUACACCUCGGCCGACGAGAACCUGUCCAAACUGUUGGUCCACUACUUGGCCAACUUCGUGAAACGCGGAGAUCCGAACGGAGCGAGCCCCCUCACGUCGGGAUCGGACGGGCUCCCUACCAGCCCUCCGUUCUGGGAUUCGUACGACUCGAUAAAUCAGCUCUACCUGGAGGCCGGUCGCAGCACGGAGAUGCGGUCGCAUUACAGGGGCCACAAGAUGUCCCUGUGGUUGAACCUGUUGCCGCAGCUCCAUCGACCGGGCUACGAGAUCAGCAUGCGUCACCAUCACCUCGCCGAAACCGCGACCCUCUACGAAGGCGUGGUGCGCCCCCAGACCUUGGCGCAACCGUUGCCGCCGCCUCCGCUUCCGGUUCCCUCGCCCACCGAGCCAUCCUCCAUCUCGAGCGUCGUGUCGACCACCGAGUGCACCCCUAACGCGACGGCCGCCACCACCGUGCCCACCACCACCGCCGCCGCCGCCGCCCACGCCCCCAACACCCAUCCGAACCUGGGCCCGGGGCCCAACAACAUCCUCAAGAAGCUGGCCUCCAAUCAUUACCAGAAUUACACCACCGCCCUCUCCGUCACCAUCGGGGUCGGGGUGUUCCUCCUCGUGCUCAACAUCAUGAUAUUCGCAGGGAUCUACUAUCAGAAGGACAGGAACUCGUCGAGGUCGUCGGCCGGCCUCGCCUCGACUUUCGCCAACAAGAAGAAGGAGGAGUUGUUGGAGGCCGGUUGCUCGGGCAUCGAGGCCCCCUCUGCCAAGCAGAGGUUGUCCACCUUGAACCUGAUGGACUCUCCCUCCUCGAGCCCGCCCCCGCACAAGGCCAAAUUAGCUCAGGAGUUGGAGUUGCAGUUGCAGGAGUUCCAGUGCUCGCCGCCUCCCGGCGGGGGCAAGAGGGGGGUGUUGGAGCCACCCCUGUACACGAGGAGCCCCUGCGUGCAGAGGACGAGGACCCCGUCGCCUUGCGUGGACGCGACCACGGCCAGGAUGGACGACGACGACGACGACGACGACGAGGACGAGGACGAGGACGAGGAGGAGGACGAGGACGAGGACGAGAACGGGAACGGGGAUAACAGCAGCGACGAUAACGACGACGAGAAUCUUCCUGAACCCCCGCCGCCCCCCAAGGUGCCGGCCCCUAACGUGAAUCUCUCCUGUCCAGGUAUACUCAGGCAACCUGGCACACCUGGCAGCGCCAAGAAACGCGUUCAGAUACAGGAGAUUUCCGUCUGAGGAUGAGAAUUUCUUUCCUUUUUCUUUUCUUUCCCUCUCCUCCUCCUUUCGAUCGUUCGAUCGUCGAAACGAACGAUCCCAUCCCACCCCUCCCCCGCUCGAUCGUCGCUACUGCUGGCGGUAGUCGAUCACAUGUGGAUCGAUCACGAGAAACAGAUGAUCUGGCCUGGGAUGCACGUCUACGAUGUGGUUAUGCAGAAAUACGGAGGUGUUGGCGCGAGUAAGACGGGAAAUAAGUGCACAAAUCAGAUGGCCUUAAAGGGAGAAUUCGUGGGAGGAACGAAGGGAGAGGCAACUCUCGUCGGAGUCGGCCAACUCGGUCGAGUUCCUCCGAGUUCCCUCCGAGAUUCGAAGACGAUGAAUAUUUUCCAAUAUUUCUUACCGACCCGAAAUAGAAAACGAAAAGAAAAAAAAAAAAGAAAAAAAAAUGAAAAACAAAAAAAAAGAAGCGGCGGCAAAAGAUUCGAAAUGGGAAUCUUAUCGGGGUGAAUGUUCGACCGCGUGAAAAUAUUUCGUACAGAGUUCGUUUAAAAUUAAACGGUCCUCGCUCGUCAAAAUUCUUUCGAGGAGAGGAGCGUGUGUUCACCUUAUCGAGUAACAUCCGUAACAUCCUUCCUUGAAGAAGAAGGAAAGAGGAAAGGAUGUUCCGAAAAAAAGGAUAAAAGUAGUGAAAGUGGAAGUGGCGGGAAAGGGAGAAGGAAGAAGGUAACGGGGAGAGGUGAACAGGGGGUCGUCGCGACGCUCGACGCUACGACGAAACGAGGGGAUUGAUAUAAUCUCAGGAACUGAAAAGACAAGGCGCGCGCCGAAGGGAGACCCCGGCAGGAUGCCUCGGGCUUCCUUUAUCCGGAUUUGUCGGAGCACUAAGUGGAAUUAUUCGAGGAAUUGGAGGGCCUGACCUCGACUUUUUGGGUCUCGUGACUUUUUUUCGCGAGACAGAGAGAGAGAGAGAGAGAGUGUAUGUAUGUAUGUAUGUGUGUGUGUGUGUGUGUAUACGAGAGGAAUUGGACAGCUGAUCAAGCGAAACUCCGCAGGCCGAGCACGGAGAGGAGCCUGCUGAUGCCAGAAUCGGUGAAUCUGAAGUUCUCGUCGGUAUAAUCGCGUGUGUUCUUUUAGCUACGAGAGACGAGAGAGAAGAGUGUGCGAGAGAGAAAGACAUGGGGAGUGGAACGAGUGAGAGAGGAUGCUUGCUAAGAACGAUAUAUCUUUGUGAAUCGUACGAGGAAAUGUUGGAAAUUGUGUGAGGGAUCCAUCCUGGGUUAUUUUUUUCGUUUCCUCGUGGAGGGUGCUUACGGUUCCUGUUCAAUUUUCGUGAGUUUGUUGUGACACGUCUGUUGUUAUGUAUAUAUACGUAUAUACGUUUUCGCGUUUGUUUGUUUGUUUGUUUGUUUGUUUGUUUUUGUAAUUCUAGUAUACGAAAGUGUUUAACGUGUUAAAUUGUUCGUUAUCGAAGUUCGAUGGACAAGUGGACGAGUUAAUUUAUCGUUGAAAGAGGAAUGUCGCGAUAUUUUUCUGCACGGAAUCAUAACAAUUACGAAGUGAGCGUAGAUUUAUCAAUCUAUUUAUCUUUACUUUAAUUUCCUUCGCAGGUGGAUUAACAGGUUACGAAACGGAUAUCGUCGACUUUGAUGAUUCGUGUGAACCCCAGUUAGGGAUGCAAUUUAUUUUUCUUUUUUAUCGAAUUAAAUUUUAAAUCAUCGACAUAAUUCGUCACACAACGCGGAGUCGGUUCGAAUAUCUAAUUUACUUGAACACGGUGCUCACGAUCCUGCGUUAAUUAAUACGAAACGUAAGAGAUUUUCGCGCGAAAAUGAUAUAACGAAAUUAAUUGGUAGACAAGUGGAAUUUCGAAUCGGCAAUUUUGAGAAUGUCGCGAAUGUUCUUGUGUUUCGAGUGUGCACCGUAUCCUCCCUGUUGACAAAUGCCUGUGUUUACGAGCGAGCAACGCUCCUCGCUGUUCCCCAUUGCCUCUCGAACAAUUAGCCUUGAUUACGGUUUCGUUCGAAUACCGGAACUAAGUUAGAUUUGACAAGAGUUGAUAACAAAAACGCUCGUCACCCGCGCGCCUAUUUAUUCUAAAAACGAUUUCUCGAUCGUAGCGGAUUUCGAGAAUCCGUUCAACGAUCAAGAUUCGUUAAUUUUGAAACUAUGGAAAUCAUCUGUGACGAUUUAAACGAAAAACGAAGAAAUAAUUUUUAUAAUUUUAAAAAACAGUUUUAAAUUUAAGUUUUAAAUUUAAUCCCGAUAUUAAGUAGUAGAUAGGCAGCAAUCGAUCGGACGUGGAAGUGACGAGGCAUUAACUCUUUGCAAAUUGUCAAAUUAAAAUUGAAAGUUGAACGACGACGUGAUAUCUUUCUUUAUCCCUAAUGUUUGAAUCUUUAAUUUGCAAUUUAAAAUGUGGAAUGUAUCUUUGGUCGGAAUCGUUGCUCGUUUGCAAAGAGUUAAUAUCAAUGAAAAGUGAGUUUCCACGUUUUAACAAAGAAUCUCAUAUUUUUUUUUUUUUUUUUCCUUUUGACGUAUUUAAGGAAUCUGAAACGAUUCCUCUUUCGAUUCCAUCAACGCACGAAUCUUUCUCCCUCGAUACGCUACUCCCUUUCGAGAUAUUCUUCAUUUUCCAUCCACGAAAAAUAUAUAUAUAUAAGAUAUGCGACGGAAGUGACGAUCGAUGCCGGAAACGGGAGACAGAUGAGUGGCGACACGUAAAAGGAAAGGCGAGGAAGUUGUAAGAACGAGGGAGAGGAGAACGAAGAAAAGGGGAUAGAAAAAGAAGAUGGGCCAGCCAUGAAAUGGGAGGAAACGCCCUUGACAAAAUUCGUGCGUCUUUGGAACGAUUCUAUCGAUCCUCGAAUCUCGAACGAAAGAGAAGAGAAAGAGAGAAAUGUUUCGCGUGUACGAGUAUAUUUGCGCGUGUGUGCGUGGAAAUGCGAAAAAUUGCAGGUAUGAAGAGAAGAAUGAGAGUGAGAGAGAGAGAACGAGAGAGAAAGAAGUUGGAAAGUCCUGUCGUUGAAAACUCUGGUGUCGAUUCGUCGACGAAUCCUCGAUUCCUUGGUCGAAAGAUCGGAAAUUUCGUUUCUCGAGCGAUGAAAGAUGAAAGAAAAAUCUUUGCCAUUUGUUGAAAAAUUGACGAUCGAGGAUUUUUCGAUGGAUCGACGAGGCAACGACGUCUUCGAGCGUCAUUUACAUACAGAAUUAAACGAAGGCGUGCACACGUAUACGCAUGUCUAACACGUAACAAGGAUGCGAGGGAAACAUGGUGGAAACACACACGAGGUACACACGUACACGAUUAUCAAUGUUUGGAAUGUUG